UGGAGUCGAGUGAAAAGACAGGAAGAUGUUCAAUGUGAUGUUAAAAAAAAGUGCUUAAAGUUUAAUUACUUACUUAUCUUAAUAAUAAGAAAAUAUGCCAUAAACUUAGUGUAAUUCUUCGAAUAUAAUUAAUGAUUGAGCCUUAAAUGAAGGUGAAGGAUAUUGUACAGAAGUUGAAACAAGAAUGAGUGAACAGUCUGUAGCUUCUGCCAGAGCAUCUGUGAUGAUAUAUGAUGACACCAAUAAGAAAUGGGUACCCAGUGGUUCUUCCAGUGGCCUCUCUAAGGUCCAUAUUUAUCAACAUACGACAAGCAACACUUUCCGAGUAGUCGGACGAAAGUUGCACGAUCAUGAGGUGGUAAUAAACUGUGCCAUUCUGAAAGGAUUGAAAUACAAUCAGGCAACACCGACUUUUCACCAGUGGCGAGACAACCGACAAGUCUACGGAUUAAAUUUUAGCAGCAGAGAGGAUGCCGACAUGUUUGCUAAGACGAUGCUACGCGCCAUCGAAAUUCUUAACCAGAACAGUUCAUGUACGCUUCCAUCUCGAUCUCAUGGCAUGCAGCAGCCACUGUAUCAGACUAUAGGAGGAGGCCAUGAUGAUUAUGUAGAAUAUAAAGGAUGGAUGACAAUGGACAAUGCCGAUAGACGAAUAGCUCAACAACAGCUUUCUCAGUAUGCUAAUAAUACAGCAUCGACCCAGUCUAGCACUAGCCAUCCACCAACUCCUGCCAACAUCACAUCGCCUGGUAGCACGGGACAUCAUCGUACUUCUUCGGCUCCUCCGACUACCAUUCCACCUCCGGCUCCUCCUCCGCCUCCCGCACCCCCACAACCGGCACCCGCACCUCCACCGCCUCCACUUCCUUCGUCGGGGCACAAUACAGCUCCACCUCCAGCACCGCCUCCACUUCCUGGAAGCGCAACUCUUCCUCGACAUAAUUCUUCUUCACAUAAUCAAUCGUCUCCUAUGACAUUGGCAGCUGCUCUCGCUACAGCAAAAUUGAAGAAAACACCACAGAAGAAUUCUGAUUAUGGGACCAUUGAAAAUAGACCAACUCCAGUCAUUGGAGGAAUGGCCAGUAUGAUGGAUGAAAUGACAAAAACACUUGCAAGAAGACGGGCACAAGUUGAAAAUAAUUACAACAACCAGGAAGGAGAGUGCGACGGUAGAAGAUCGUGGGAAAGAUUGAAUUCAAAUAAUGGUAACAGUCCAAACAAAGUGCCUGGAGGACUGGAGUCGCCUAAAGGAAAUCGAAGGCAGAGGUUAGGAUCAGUCGACGACGACGCCAAAACCAACGGAUUAGAUCCAUUUGACAUGGAAAAGUUAAAACAAGAGAUUAUGACAGAUAUUCGCAAAGAAAUGACAAAAAUGAAACAAGAUAUCAUCGAAGCUAUCAGAGUCGAAUUAAACAGGAGAUAAAUGGCAUUUUUACCGUAGGAUUGUUUUUAUGCUUUAAUUUUGUUAGGACAUCGACGACGAAAAAUCAAAAUAAACUUUAUUAUGCAAUUAUUUUCAUUUUUACGACGACGUUUUGUGCCGCUAAUCCUCCCGAGAUCAUUAUUUGUGUGAGCUUUAUAUAUAAAAUAUAUAUAUAUAUAUUAUAUAAAACGUAAACACACAUUCAUUAUAUAUGUAUAAACUUUUUAAAUAUGUGGCUUCACUCCAUUAAAAGUGAAUACCGUUCCUAAUCUGAAUAUGAUACAAUGUACAUUAAGACAAACCCCCCCCCCUCUUUGUACAU